AUGUUCACCGCUGCCCGUUCUCUUCGUUCCGUUGCCCGCACUGGCAACUAUGCCGGUCUUCCGCGGUCUAUGAUCGCGAGGAACAUGAACUCGAAAGUCAAUGGCCCCGUCGUCGGUAUUGACUUGGGUACCACGAACUCUUGCGUCGCUGUCAUGGAGGGCAAGACUUCGAAGGUCAUCGAGAACUCCGAGGGUGCACGGACAACACCAUCUGUCGUUGCUUUCACGAAACAUGGCGAACGGCUAGUCGGACUGCCUGCGAAGCGUCAGGCUGUUGUGAACUCGCAAAACACCGUGUUCGCGUUCAAGCGUCUGAUCGGUCGGCAAUUCGGCGAUUCGGAGGUGAAGAAAGACAUGGAGCACUGGCCAUUCAAGGUUGUCGCGAAGUCUGACAACCGGCCAGCUGUCGAGGUGGACAACGGGGGCAAGAAGCAACUCUUUUCAUCAGAAGAGUUGUCGUCCAUGGUCCUUGUCAAGAUGAGGGAAACUGCGGAACAGUACCUCAACAAGAAAGUAAACCACGCUGUCGUCACCGUUCCUGCAUACUUCAACGACGCUCAGCGGCAAGCAACAAAGGAUGCGGGUCAAAUUGCAGGCCUUGACGUAUUGCGAGUAAUCAAUGAGCCGACAGCGGCUGCACUUGCAUAUGGUCUUGACCGAGCGGACAAUGCUGUCAUCGCUGUCUACGAUCUUGGCGGUGGUACCUUCGAUAUCUCUAUCCUCGAGAUGCAGAAGGGUGUGUUCGAGGUCAAAUCCACCAAUGGUGAUACCCACCUUGGUGGUGAGGAUUUCGACAUUGUUCUUGUUCAACACAUCCUAAACGAGUUCAAGAAGGAAUCAAACAUGGACCUGAGUAGCGACCCCAUGGCUAUCCAGCGUAUCCGUGAGGCUGCUGAGAAGGCGAAGAUCGAACUCUCGUCGACGUCCCAGACGGAGAUUAAUCUGCCGUUCAUCACUGCCGAUGCUUCCGGACCAAAGCACAUCAAUCUUAAGAUUUUGCGUUCGCAGUUCGAGUCGCUCGUCCAGCCCCUCAUCCAGCGCACAGUUGACCCGUGCAAGAAGGCGCUGUCAGAUGCCGGUGUAAAGGCCAGCGAUAUCAACGAGGUCAUUCUCGUUGGUGGUAUGUCGCGUAUGCCUCGCGUAGUCGACACCGUCAAGACGAUCUUUGGUCGCGAGCCCAGCAAGGGUGUUAACCCUGACGAGGCUGUCGCCAUCGGUGCCUCCAUUCAGGGUGGUGUCUUGGCCGGCAAUGUCACCGACAUCCUCCUCCUCGAUGUCACUCCUCUGUCACUCGGUAUCGAGACUCUUGGUGGUAUCAUGACCAAGCUCAUCCAGCGCAACACGACCAUCCCGACGAAGAAGACUCAGACGUUCUCGACGGCUGCGGACGGUCAGACUGCCAUUGAGGUCAAGGUCUACCAGGGUGAGCGUGAGCUCGUCCGGGACAACAAGCUUCUCGGCAACUUCAACCUCACCGGCAUCCCGCCGGCGCCGAAGGGUGUUCCGCAGAUUGACAUCACGUUCGACAUCGACGCUGACGGUAUUGUUCACGUCAACGCCCGCGACAAAGCGACCAGCAAAGACCAAUCGAUGACGAUUGCGUCGUCCUCCGGUCUCAGCGACAAGGACAUCGAGCGCAUGGUUUCUGAGUCUGAGCAGUACGCCGAGACGGAUAAGGCGCGCAAGCAGGUUAUCGAGGAGGCCAACAAGGCUGACUCCGUCUGCUCUGACACUGAGAAGGCGAUGAAUGAGUUCAAGGAACAACUCGAUGCUACUGAGAAGGAGAAGGUCGCGAAGCUUGUUGCGGAGCUCCGAGAACUCGCUGUAAAGGGCCAGGCCGGUGACGAAUCAAUUACUGCCGACACCAUCAGGGAGAAGGUCAACGAGACCCAGCAGGCGUCGCUCGGCCUCUUCCAGAAGGUCUACGAGAAGCGCAACGCUGAGAACGCGGCGAACGAGUCUGCGUCAGAGAAGAAGGAUGAGGAGAAGAAGGAUUAA